AUUACAAAUAUUAUUUUCAUCGCCGUUGAAUCAAAACACACCAACCCAUUAGUUGCGACAUCAUACUAGAAAUUACAAGAAGUACGUGAAGGCAGCAGGAGAAGCCGUGAGGGGUUCAGGGUCCAGCCCGGAUUCAGAUUGUUUUUACUCUUUUACACUUUUAUUUCUCGAUGGAUCCACAGCCCCCUCAGAAGCCGUGGGAAAGGCGGAUUCCUGGAGCGAUGGGUGCACCUGUGAACUACAGGUCUGUCAACUUUGCCCCCCCUGUGGGCCCGUCAGUCUCUGCAGGCCCCCCUGUCUUGACCAGGAUGGCCCCCCCAGUGCCUCCACGACCAGUCCAGCAGACAUACCGUCCUUCCUACAGCUCUUUCACCUCCUCCUACAACCCCUAUGGGAGCUCUCUCUAUGGAGGUUACAGCCCUUACAGCUAUGGUGGUGGUGGCUUUGGUAUGGGGGGUUAUGGUCGUCUCCCCCAGAGCGAAGAAGUGGCCCCUAGCCGGUUUGUGCAGCAGGCGGAGGAGAGCAGCCGGGGGGCGUUCCAGUCUAUCGAGAGCAUCGUGCAGGCUUUCGCCUCCGUCAGCAUGAUGCUGGACGCCACCUUCUCCGCCGUCUACAACAGCUUCAGAGCCGUGCUGGACGUCGCCAAUCACCUGACCCGUCUGCGCGCUCACUUCACCCGGGUCCUGUCUGCCUUUGCUCUGGUGCGCACCCUGCGUUACCUGUACCGCCGCCUACAGAGGCUGCUGGGGCGGCGCUCUGACGCAGAGGUGGAGGACCUGUGGGCGGACAGCGCGAGCGACGCUCUGACUACAACCAGAGGGGCAGAAGAUAAGACCCCCAAAUCCUGGCCCAUCUUUCUGUUCUUUGCUGUUGUUCUUGGGGGGCCGUACCUCAUCUGGAAGCUGCUGAGCUCAACCUCCGACCCUGAGGAAACCGACACCAACUGGGUGAGUGGAGAGGAUGACCAUGUGGUCGCUCGUGCAGAGUAUGAUUUCUCAGCUACUUCUGAAGAGGAGAUUUCUGUGAGGGCAGGAGACAUGCUCAACCUCGCUCCUAAAGAACAACAGCCUCGUGUGCGUGGCUGGCUGCUGGCCAGCGUUGACAGUCAGACGUCAGGACUCGUCCCUGCAAAUUACGUCAAAGUCCUCGGGAAGAGGAGAGGACGGAAGCAUGCAGAGACAGAGAGACUUGCUCAGCUGGAGCAGGAGAACACACACACCGUCCCACACUCGCACACUGCCUCUGGAUUUACGCCUGCUGCAGCAUCCUCCUCAGAGGAUUUGCUGGACUCUGUGUUCACAGAAACACCAGCAGCAUCAAACUCCAGCCUACCCCCCCACACAGAGACAUGAACCUCAGAACACUGACCUGUAGGUGUGUGUGCGUGUGUGUGUGUGUGUACAGGUGUGUGGGUACAGUGAAGAAUGUGUCUCUGCAAAGUUUUACAGUGAAAGCUCACUGCUAAUCAGUUAAGAUUGACUCUCAGGAGAUUUGUAAUGAUUAAGAUGAUCAAACUGUGUUCAGAUGUUUACUCACACACACAAGCUCUCUCUCUCUCUCUCUCUCUCUCUCUCUCUCUCUCUCUCUCUCGCUCUCUCUCUCUCUCUCUCUCUCUCUCGCUC